AUGGCAAAGAAGAAAACUAUAACUCCAACUUUAUCGAACAGAGUAGUCAAAAAAAGCGUCUAUCAGACACGGAAGGACAUAGCCGACUGGAAUUACGCACAACGAAUGGCGUUGCGUGCGGAACAACCUAAGUCAUACUUGUUGCAGGACAUUUACACUGCAAUAAGCAACGACGCACUGCUAACGUCGCAAAUCAACAACCGACACGAAUCAACCAUUGCACGCCAGUUUGAAUUAGUUGACAAAAACGGCAAUGUUCUUGACGACAUAACAUCACAACUUCGUGCAAUUCCUAUUCUUCAGGACUUGAUAAAGGCAAUUCUCGACAGUGAAUUGUUCGGUUAUUCGUUGGUGGAACUCUCAUCCGUGAACGACGUGGCGCAAAUUGUCGUAAUCAACCGAAGAAACAUCGACCAUGUGAACGGAUUAUUCUACCCGGACACAAGUUUCGACAACGCCAUACCAUACCGAGAACUUAACGAAUAUGGCAAAUACAUACUUGAAUUCAACAGCGGAAAUUUAGGCCUGCUCAACAAGACGGUUCCGCACGUGUUGUUCAAGAAGUUUGCUCAAAGCUGUUGGAGUGAAUUGUGCGAAAUCUACGGCAUUCCGCCACGAUAUGUAAAGACAAACACGCAAGACGAAGCAAUGCUUUCGCGUGCCGAGGAAAUGCUUCGCGAUAUGGGAGCAGCUGCCGCAUUCGUGAUUGACACUACCGAAGAAUUCCAGUUUGCACAAGGCGUAAGUACCAACGGCGAUGUGUAUGCCAACUUGAUUCGCCUGUGCAACAACGAAAUGUCGUUGCUUAUAAGCGGCGCAAUCAUGGGACAGGACACCGAGAACGGCAACUAUUCCAAAGAACAAGCAGCUAUGACGAUCCUGGACAAACUAAUUACUUCCGAUCAGCGAAUGGUCGAAGUGUAUUUCAACUCGGUUGUGUUGCCGGCAUUCCGCAAACUUGAAUGGUUGCCUGCAACUGAAUGCACAUUCCGAUUCUCUAAUGUGGAAGACAGCGAAAAACUGUGGACCAUGGUAAAAGACAUUCUUCCAUACAAGGAAGUUGACAGCAAAUGGAUGGAAGAAAAAUUCGGUAUUCCUGCACAUCCGGAAGGAUGCACCUGCGGUUGUGCCGAAAAACAAAUCAUUAAACUUUCCGCUAUCAGUCCCGAUGAUAGUUUGGAAGACUUGUACGCAAAGUAUUCAAAAGACUUUCGUAAGGUAGUUGACAAUGUGUUUGGCGAAGAAUAUCCCGAACUUUCCGACCAAUUGCGUGCCAAUGUGAGCCGAUUUGCAGCAUACAAGUCAAACUACGUUAAAACAGCGUUUGAAGAGAAUUCAAAAGCCUUUUCGGGUGAUGAUCUUAAAGCAGUGAACGAAGCAACCAAAAAUCAAUUUCGUUACUGGACCGAAACGGAACUUGCAACAGCCUCGGCACGUGCCAGGACUGCAAAACAAUUCAGCGAGUUCAACGAAGCCGACAGAAAGGAACUGUUCCCGUGCCUGAAAUGGUUGCCAAGCCGUGCGGCAAAUCCAAGAAUUACACACCGCCAAUUUUGGGAUGGAGUAUGGAGAAAAGACGAUGACUUUUGGAAACGCCACCAACCAGGGACGGAAUGGGGUUGUAUGUGCGACAUAGAGGAAUGCGACGAUGAGCCAAAAGAACCAGAGAACUACAAUCGAGACGACGAACCAACAGCACCAAAAGGUUUGGAAAAGAAUCCGUAUGAGACUGGCGAAGUGUUUACUGAUAAUGCAAGCUAUAUUGCUAAAUGCAAGAAUCCAUCAGUUCCAGAAGCAAUACUAAAACCAAUAAUGGAACGACACGACGAAUUUGUUCCAUACCUAAAAAAUAAAGACUAUAAAAAACAAAAGUUUGAUUGGGAAAGUGGUGGGUAUAAAGCUGUUCAUAAGGGACACAAUCUUGAUGAAAAUAAAGGCUGGUACGAAACCAAUGUUGCAGAUGCUGGAAUGAAAGCCGGGUAUGCAGUUGUUCUUGAGAAUGAGCAAGGAGGGACAUGGGGAAAACGAUUUACUGAAGGCACAUGGAAUAACGAAGUAUUUGAAGUUGCUGGUCGUGAAACUGCAACUAUAAAUAAUAUAUUACGUGGAUUAAAACAUUGUGCCAGUAAGAAAGAAACGAAAAUCGCUAUUUUGGACUUUCCAUUUGGAGGAUUCACAGAUGAAAAGUUAAAAAAAGCAAUUGUAAGAUACAGAGGUCUUGAAAAGCUCAACGAUGGUCAAUAUCUUAAAUUUGACAGAAUUAUUUGUGUUCAAGAAAAGACUGUAGUUUACAAUGAUGUAUUCUAA